AUGUCUUCCUACUAUGGCGGAUCUGGCAGCCGUCGUGGUGACGAGUGGACAUGGACGUCCUGGACCCACUCGACAUCAUGGCACUCGGGCGGAUGGAACGGCAGUCCCCAGGCUGGCAUGGCACACUCGAACAAGGAUGGGUGGUGGUGGGCAAGCGGUCCCCAAGGCUGGAACGGCCAAAGCCAAAGCUGGUACCAACAGAGGCCCAAGGAGGUCAAAGCAAAGGCAGAAGACUCCGACACUGCAUGCUGCUCUUCCGGGCCAGGCAUCGAGGCGGAGAAAGGGCCAGUUCCCGUCAGAGCCGCUCAGAUCCAGAUGACCAAGGAGACAGUCGCCUCCGUAAACGGCGAGAGCAGGCAAAACGACCUGGAGAACCAGGAGGCUGCCAUGACGUACUUCGAGACGAGGCGCUGUGGGACUGUCAGGGAGACUGUCAGCGAGCUGCUGCAGGACUUGGCGGAUGCGAUUGCCAUCGGGCGAGUCCCUCGAAUGAAGGACGUGUGCUUCUUGGAUCGUCAGCAAUUCACGUCGACGUGGCGUGCCGUGCUGUUAGGCGCAUACCUUAGCCCAGUUCUUGACCAUGAGGAGAAACGGACGGAGGCAUUCUGCCACAAGAAUGUUGAACAGCAGCAGAGCCCUCACAUCCGAAGGGACAAAGACCCGUGUCGCGAGGCCGAUGUGUUGUGGGGUUCGCUGUGGGUGGGUGAGCGACUGAGGACGGGCGACAUCAUGCGCGAGAACAUCGCCCUGUCAGCCCAGUUGUUUGAACUCAGCAUCAAUUAUGCUGGCUGCUCGCGCGACUUGUCGGCAGAUCACUGGCUGCAGCUCGGUUGCGACAUCCGCUUUGGUCAGCCCGCCAUCCUCUAUGCCUGGCUGCAGGAGACUGAUCAAGAUGGACUUGCCACUGUCUACCGGGAACGUGCCUCCCAAUUGCUGGAGUGGCACGGCACGCAUGUACCUGAAGACGGUGCCGCGCUUUGCAGCAGCUGGGAAGAUGUGGAGCUCUCCAUGGGACAUCAACUUCAACCAGAAGAGAACUACGAGACCUUUCGGUCCGAGCUUGAAGCCAUCAUCAAUGCUGUAGAUGUUGAAGAUGGCCUCGUGGCAUGUUACGAGGCCAUACGACGUGCAGAUGUGUCCGUUGAGUCACUUUCCACACCUGGCGGUUGGGAUGCCAUUCGAAUCGUUCGAUACGGAGACUGGAACGAAGCAUUUUGCGGAUUUGAUGGCAAGCUGUCUUGCCCUUAUGCCGGCCCGCCGGACAGUACUCUGCUCGAUGGGUGCAGGUGGCGGGCCUGCCUAGUGGUGAACACAAAUUACUACAAGCUCUUCCCAGGCUCUGCGGGCAUCCUGCAUGAGUGCAGCGCACACCUGAAGCUGGGCAACAUUUGGCAACAGUUCAAGUUCAUGAGCGCAUGGCUGUGCUGUACUGAGCGCUCGCCUCUCCUCAAGGAAGCCGCACUUCGGCAAUGCACCACGAUUGACAGCUCACUUGGCCGUCAUCGCUCCAGAGCCUCUUCGGUCAGGCCCACGGAAUCUGCACGGAAUCGACUUAUGCCUUCGCGCGUUGCCCAAGCGAACUCUGCAGGCAUCAGUGUCGGGCCAGCACAGAGCUUGUGGAUUGAGGGCAAGUCGAUGGUCAUCGAUGACACAUACCCACAUGCAGAUCCUUGUCUGGCCUUUUAUCCGAAGGCACAGUUUGGUUACUAUGUCAAUUGGCCCACUGACCACCUCGGCAUCUCCGCAACACUACGCGUCUACACCUUCGGGGUCCUGGACAUCGAGAGGGGUGCGGUCGAUCCACAUCGUGAACCGCUGCUGGCCGACGAGCUCGGCUACAUCCCGAGGGGGCGCGCGGGGGACUUUGUGUGCGACUCCGAGAAGGGGGGGGCUAAGGCGACCGAGGGCUUUGACCACCCCGCCAGGGACUGUGCCAUCUCAGAGUCCGUGCUCUGGGCAACGACACCGAGAGUGAGAUCCAUGACUUCGUUGGCAGGGGGCACAAGCGAGCAUGCCUCGCCCACCAAGCGCAAGGCGGCGGGGGAGGUAGUCGACGUGGAAGAGGGGGAGAAGCUCUCAUUGGAAGCCAUCAAAGCCACCUUUGCAGCCGAGUUGCGGGGGCACCAAGAGGUCAUGAAGGACCACCAGGAUGUGAUGAAGGAGGACAUCCACAAAGCGGUGGGCGGGGUCAAGAAAGAGAUGGCGGAGCGCAUCAGCCUCGUCGAGAGUGAGGUGACGCAACAACUACAGACGACCCUGCUCCUCCUCAAGCAGCUCACCGACAAGCAGGAAGUGCAAAGCGGGAAAAUGGCUGCCCUGGUGGCGGGGCAAAAGACUUUGGAAGAGACUGUGGAGAGCAACCGCCGCACGCUGGAGGAGCGCAUUGAAAAGUUGGAAGCCGGAGGAGGGGGGCUGCGACCCUCAACCUAUAGCACGGCCACUACGGAAGGAGAUGGCAUUGGGGGGCGCAGGACGCCCGCGCUGGUUGUUGGGGGAUGGAAUGACGACACGCCCGCGAACGAGGUCAUUGAAAAAGCCACGGAGGUGCUGCGCCAAUUACAAGUGGACCUGGACUACCAGGACAUCUUCGUGCCGGGGAUCCGGAGGGGGUUUGCGCUCAUCCCUCUCAAAGGGCCCAGAGAGGGAGAAGGGGGGGAAGAACAUCGCAGAAGAGUCCAAACGGCCAUCACCCAGGUGCGGAACGCCAAGCUGCAGACAGGCCACUACCGCCAAGACACGGGGCAGCCGCGCUACAUGUACCUCACCAUCUCGCAGCCCCCGGAGAGGCGAAUGCGAGCCAAGCUAGCAGCCAAAGUCAAGCGAUGCAUUUUGGAGCUGGGGGGCCGGCAUGAACACCUUGAGGUGGAGUUCGCGACGGGCACGGUGUGGUACAGGGGGACCAGAGUUUCCUCGGCAGUGAGCCCGGCCAACGAGGGAGCCGACAAAGUUGGACCGGGGUGGGCCAACGUGAAGGAAAUUGCCAAGGUCCUCAAGAUCGACUUCGACAAGGCGGAUCACCAGUGGCGCCCUGCAGUGAAAAGGUGGCAAACGAAACCAGAACUGCAAGCGCUGACCUGGAAUGUUGGGGGAGCCGGGGCAACAAAGAUCCUCGACAUCCUCCAAAUCACUUGCCGGGGGGGCGGAAUACACGCAAACCUUGGCCUGGUGGAUGUGGUGACCCUCCAAGAGGUGAUCUGCGAACCUGGCACUCAUGCGGAGAGUUCAAAAGAUUGGACCCUCGUCAUGGGGAAGCAAGCUUCGGAGUGGAGAGGUGAGGGAGUCGCAUACAAACGGGAGAAGUACAACCACAUGCAUGUGGAAAACAAGGAGGGUGCGCUAGCCCUCGUACUGGUGGGAGGGGAGAUGGGGGGGGGCGAAGGCCAGCCAAGCCCCAGUGCAAGCCAACACUCGGCCGUGGGGGUGGUAUCGGUGCAUCUCCCGCACCACGCCAAUGCUGCACGUACGGAUCAACUGCUAUCUCAGUGGGAAACCAGCCUGGCUAUGGGGCAAGACAAGGUCAUCAUGGGGGGAGACCUCAACGAGACGUUCCUGGACUUCGAGCAGGGGGUGGCAGCAGAAACCGGCAGGGGGGAGACGGUGCUGCAAUGGCUAGAUGACCGGCAUCUGAGGCUGCCGCUGCAGCAAAUGGAAAAGCCCACCUAUCAUCCCUACAACAAGGCCAUGAAGUCAAGAAGGCUGGACUAUAUCGCGGUGAAGCACCUCCGGACUGGAGAAGGCCUGGUGCUCGAAGGGACCAGAGAUGUGGUCCAGUCAGACCAUGACGCAGUGGCCGUCCACGUGCACCACACCAUUCCGGCGAAGACCAAGCUUGAAGCCACGUGGGGGCCACGCAUCCUGCGAAACGAUGAUGAGGUCCAAGCAGGGCUUCAACAAGCACGGCGUGGGGACCCACACAGAGUCAUAGCAGAGGUCUCCAAAGCCAUCACACUCCCAGCCCCACAAGGGGGCGAGCCGUGGCAGGAAAGUGCUGACCUGAAGUGCCUGAGGGCACAGGCUCGGCGAGCGCCGCCCGAGGAAAGAAGAGCAUGUUGGAAGAAGGUCUGGGGCACAUACAAGCAGGAAAGGCGCGCCUGGAUGAAGAGGAAAGUUGAAGCUGCAGCGAGAAUGAACUGGGGGGAACUCAGAGCCCUGGGCAAGCAGGCCCAAAACAAGCAAUGGGAGCAUCACCUCACCAGUCAGGAGGGGUGGGAGCAGCGGCUCAAAAAGCACUUCGAAGGGACCUUUGCGACCCGCCCCAGGGAGCAAGUCAACAAGGCCUUUGACGACCUCCGACAUGCUCUGAGGGGGCUAUGCAAACGCACCCCAUGGUCCCCCUUUGACGAAGGGGAGCUGCUGGCUGCAAUGACUACCUGGGGCAGACGAAAAGCCACAGGGGUUGACGAAGUCUCUCUCGAAGCAUUAGGGGCACUCCAACAAGAUGACACGUGGAGGGGCAGACUGCUUUACCUGUUCAACGACGUCCUGUACACAGGAAAGCUGUAUGGCGAUAUGGGGGUUGGGAUUACCAUCCUCCUACCCAAGGUCACAGUUCCUGAAGAAUGGGGGCAAACACGACCGAUCACACUUUCGAGUGCCACUUUGAAAUGGUUCUCGCAAUUGCUCCUGGGGCGGUGCAGCCACCACUUCAACCCCCUGACUGACGCCCAGUGGGCCUGGAAAGGGAAACAAGCGGAAGAACUCAUCAUGGUCCUCAGGAAAGUCAUGAGGGUCGGGGUCGAAUGGCAGCUACCAACAUGGAUCGCCAAGCUGGAUGUGAAGAAGGCCUUCGACAGCGUCUUCCAAGAGAACAUGGGGGCCAUGGUCGCCUAUUGGGUUGGAGAGCGGGGAGGACGACCCUGGGAGGCCCACGCGUGGAUGGCCCUAUUGCAAGCGGAUGCCGUGAGGGUGUCAGCGGGAGGGCAGAUCAUCUUAGUGGAGCAAACGACAGGGGUCAGGCAGGGGGGCCCCGACUCACCGGUGCUGUUUGCAGCAAUCAUGGGGCGCAACCUGCAAAGAGCGCAGCUGCCCCAACAGGAUGCCUCGGGGCCUGGGCCCUUGUGCCCAUACCACGAAGGGGCCUUUAUGGACGACACGUAUGUGUGGGAUCAUGAUGCAGCGAGAUUCCAGCAACGUCUGUCCAGCGUCGAGAAAGCGUUGGAGAAGGAUGGACUACAAAUCCACCCCCGCAAGACAGUCAUCCUCACCAAUGCGCAGCAGCCUGGAAAAUUCAGAAUUGGGGGCGAAUGGGUCACCCCACAGAACGACCAGGGAUCCUUUCACAUCCUGGGAAGCCCCGUCGCCUUUAAACACCAAGUUGCCCUGCUGGUGGCAGAGAUGCAGACGAGAGCUCGCAAAGCUUUCCACGCACAUGCCAAGGAGCUUAUGGCAGAUGCCCCCCUAGGACCAAGAUUGCAGCUUUUCCUGAUUUAUGUCAGGCCGGCAGCGCUCUGGGGGUGUUCGGCGUGGCCGCCCCACGACACGUUGUUAAAAGGGGCAAAUGCGUGUCAACUUCACUACGUCAGGAAAAUCAUGAGACUGGGGCGUAAAGCUGGAGAGUCGUGGGUGGACUGGAACCAGCGAAGUCUGCGAGGGGCCAGAGUCAAGCUCCACCAGCUGCACAUCGAAAGAUGGUCGACGCAUGCGCUCCAGCGCAUCUGGGGGCUAUGGGGGCAUGUGGCACGCCAAGAUAGCAGAACCAAAAGCAUGAUGCUAUGGAGAGGCCAGCAAUGGUGGAAGAAGGAGCAGUCCAAUCCACGGGGCAUGAGGCAUCCGGCCAGAUUCAACCCGCAUGCCGAAGUAGAACGAUCCAUUGCAGCAGUGGGGGGGGAUGAUUGGGCAGAGAAGGCGGGGGAUAGGGAGUGGUGGCAAACGGCUGGAAAACUGUUCGUUUCCAAACAUGACCCGGAGUGGUGCAGCGGCAAACAGCCAUCGCUGGGCAACCUAGCGCCGAAUAAGGCAGCAGCCACAAGCAAAACACCCCGCAGCAGGCAAGCCAGCAGAGCUCGGGCCAUCACGAAUGAAGCAAGCUAA